ACAAAUACCCACUGUAUAUGAUAUAUUCCUUUUUGCCUUCCAGCAGCACAGAAGCAGGCGGUCGCUGCAGUGACUGCACAGCGGUGGGGCCGCGGUCUCUGCGCCCUGAGUAGAGGGGGCUGGCUCUCCUUGAUUGAAUCCAGCUGUUGUGAAAGUGCUCAGAAGGGGCCCGUACACUUACUGCUGCAUAAUCUACAGAGCCGACGGAGUGGAGCAGAAAGGGAACAGGAACAGUCCAUUUUGGAAAGGCAUUUCUUCAACACUUGGUCAAUGUACCGAAGAUUCAGCUCAACCAGACAGCGGUUAAUGAAAACCUGGUGUCUGCUUUCGCGUAAAGGGGCAUAGUUGGAGGGGGGCGGUGAGAGCCCUGUGAAGUGGUGGAGGGAUUUGGGGAGAAUUUACGGGUCAUCUGAAUCUUUCCUUUGCGAGUUCAAUAGAAACGAUAAACCAUGACGUCUGAAAUACGUGGCAUCAGGUUUUACUCUUCUGCAAGCAUGUUGGCAGCUCUGAUGUAUGUUCUGCUUCGUAUCCAGCCUGGACACGGACAGACGUGCACGGAAGGGUUCGUUUACGACCGCAGGGCAAGGCAGUGUCGAGAUGUGGAUGAGUGCCGUUCUCUGCCAGAUGCUUGUCGAGGCGACAUGCAGUGUGUGAAUCGGAACGGCGGCUACCUGUGCAUGCCAAGAAGUUUGUUAAACCCGCAGCAGCACAGACCGGUGACCCCUGUUCUACCUGAACCUGACCCUCCAGUCCUGCCUGAGCCAGUAUACCCGGAUCUAUCACUUGGAUUUCCAGAUACCUUCCUCCCAUCUCUUCCGAGACCUGUUGAGCCCAGUUACCCCAGAGUGAGGAGCACUGUUCAGUGCAUCCUCGGAUAUACUGUAGCCGAAGAUGGCACCUGCAAUGACAUUGAUGAAUGUGCAACAAACUCUCACUACUGUAACCCCACACAAGUCUGCAUCAACACAGCGGGUGGCUACACCUGCUCCUGCACUGAAGGGUACUGGUUCAUUGGUGGGCAGUGUCAGGACAUUGAUGAGUGUCGCUAUGGUUACUGCCAACAGCUGUGUGCCAACGUGCCCGGCUCUUAUUCUUGCUCCUGUAACUCGGGCUUCAUCCUCAACUCAGACAGCAGAACGUGUCAAGAUGUGGACGAGUGUGAAGAUGAACCUUGCGGUCACGGCUGCAUCAACACCUAUGGAACCUUUAUGUGCAACUGUAAUGAGGGAUUUGAGCUGGCAUCUGAUGGGGCAUCAUGUAUCGACUUGGAUGAGUGCAGCUUCUCUGAGUUUUUGUGUCAGCACAGAUGUGUGAACACACCCGGUUCUUUCUCCUGCAUCUGUCCCCCUGGAUAUUACCUCUAUGAGGACAGCAGGAGCUGUGAAGAUAUCAAUGAAUGUGACACUGGUAACAACACCUGUACAACAGCACAAGUAUGUUUCAAUUUCCAGGGAAGUUAUACAUGCCUGGAUCCUUUACAGUGUUCACCUCCUUACAUCGAAAUCGGUGACAAUCAGUGCAUGUGUUCGGCUGAGAACCCUGCCUGCAGGGACAAACCUUUCACCAUUCUGUACCGACACAUGGACUUGUCGUCGGGGCGCAGUGUGCCUGCGGACAUUUUCCAGAUGCAGGCCACAGCGCGCUACCCUGGCGCCUUCUACAUAUUCCAGAUAAAAUCAGGCAAUGACGGGCGAGAAUUUUACAUGAGGCAAACCAGUAACAUGAGCGCCACGCUGGUGCUGUCACGGCCAGUCAAGGGUCCCAGAGAGGUGGUGCUGGACCUGGAGAUGGUCACCGUCAAUAACGUCAUCAACUUCCGGGGAAGCUCCAUCAUACGCCUGAUGAUAUUUGUGUCAGAGCACCCGUUCUGAACGCUCCUCACGGUCAUGAUCUUAGAUGCUUCAUCACCUUUAAAAACAAAAAACAAAAAAAAUGACUUCAUCCUUAAUAAAGACUCGGCCAAGAUGAGCUGACGGGAAAACGUCCGUGUUUGAUUUCCACGCCCGGGUUUAAUGGACACUGAGCUUUUAUGGCUGUGGGAUGGACUUUCUACACACACACACACAGAUCUUCAUGGUGUACAAUUUCUGUCGUUCUGUUUUAAGACAUUUAUUUGAACGUUAUUGAAAUACGUCCCAGUGAAGCUGUGAAAGUGACUUUUAAUUCAAACAUGAGAUAUAAGAGCUGUCAUUUCAUCCUGUUUUUUUUUUGUUUUUUUUAUGACACAGGUGCAGAUCCUGUUAUCUGAAGUGUAAUUGUGCAUUUUCAGUGGCAACAUGUGAAGUGAUGUAACAACCACCCAUUAACUGAAUUAUUGAUCACCGUCUCUGUUAGACCAAUAAAUGUCUACAUCACACAGUU